AUUCACAUAUACAGCCGAGAGCACAUUGACACAUGCCCAAGCACUGACACUUUUUAUAGUGGUGAUAUUUUUUUAUUUUUUGUUAACAAUAAGAGAUGCCGUAGUGUCGUAGGGCCUCUAUUUUUAUAUGCAAGCUUAUUCUUGCACGGAAAACGGAUCCGCAAAAUGUGAUAGGUCCUCCAGUGUAGAAGAGGAUACCGUUAACUAAAGAAAUGUCUGGACAACAUCAAUGAAAAUGUAAAUAAUUAUAUUACACGGAGAGCAUGAAGAUACAACGGAAUUGUCAAUCCUAACCUUUGCGUAAACCCAGAUGCCUCCACUCCCUCUUGACGAGCGCAUAGUGGUUAUUCAGCGCCCUAAAAACUUGGCCCUACCUGGGUCCUCCCCACAGCCCCACUCCCAUAUAACAGCCCAUAGCAACAAACUUCUCUCCCGCCCUUCUCAUCCCCACCCUCCUCAGUCCUACCCCAAUCCUCCCUCCUCGAACUCACUGUCUUUGGAAUGCAAGCGCAGAUCAUCAUCCCAUCUGCAGAAAACCAAGGUCGACAAGGCCAUUGUCUCAGAGGAUACCAGACACACCCCUAGCCACUGUCACAGCAACGGGACAGUGACUCUUGGCCCUAGUCCACACCAACACACACAUACGAUCGACAUCAAGUUAUCUGUGAACAAAGGAACAAAAGGAGGGGGGCACAGCAACACUUUAGUUCGCAGUGGGAGUGUGAAGGGGAGCAAAAAAAGGGUUUCGUUGCGCUUGGAUCCAGGAUACGGGGAGAAAAACACUGGAGGAACAUCAGGGAAGCCUGGAGGAGCAGUGCAGCAACUCCAAAACCACCCACAGAACCAGAGACAAGCCUCACCAGGCAGUCACCAUCAGAAUAAUCUGUCUGUGUCCCCGGGAGGAGUCUUAGAGUUUGUCCCAUCUCAGAGACAGCAGUCCAAGUCCAGAAGAGAGAAGGUGCAGAACGUGUCCUCCAAAGUCUGCUCUGCCAGCUUCCCUCCCAGAGGUGCCCGGGAAGUGCCCUACGUGGGUAACAAAGAGAAUUCCAAACUGGGACCUGUCCAUCAAAACCCCAACCCCCACAGCCUGCCCGGCCACCACAACUCUGUCCCUGUGCCCCAUGCCGCUGUUCUAAACUCCCACUACCCUGUCCCCCCUCCCUCCCACCACCCCCGUGCUCCUACCUCGUUUCAGCAACCCCUCAACCAGUCUCGUCCAGCCCGCGGCAGGGACCAUCGUCCUCAGAUCCUCCACGGCCUACCCCUCUCCCCCUGUUCCUCCCGUGGAGGUUUCCCCAGCCCAGACCACACCUGUACCAUUGACUUCUCCCAUCCCUUCAGCUGUGGCUGCUGGAAGCUGGUCCGCUGCAGGGGGGCCAGGGGACGUUCUGCUGGCUGCCAGAGGGGUGGGGGGAGUCCGUCCUCCUCUUUCUCCUGUGGCCACGGCCACGGGGUUGUAGGUGUGAACCACAGAGGGGGCGCAGCAAUGGGAUUAAGAACUCUUGGGGGAUGUUUGUCCACAGCCUCCACCACCAACACCUCAUCCUCCAACAGCACUGUGUCGGACUGCCGCACGGGCUUGCUCAGACCCCUGCGAUGUGCCUCCUGCUCCGGGGAGGCUGGCGCCUUUGAGAGUCCUGCUGCAUUCCGCAAAAAACUGGUGGGGGGAUGCCUGCCCUGUACCCCACUAUCGUCCUCAGCCCCGCUGCGAGCCUUACAGAGUUGUGUGAGUGGCUGCAACCCCAAAGCCAGUCAGGCCGGCAGCUCUACCUGCAGCUAUUGUAGCAGCGACCCUAUAGUUGUCACCUUCAACCCCCGUCGGGGCGGCAAGCCCCCUGGUAUGGGCAGGGGUGUAGGGGCAGGGCCCCCCAUGGGAGUAUUCCCCGCUGAUGAUGAUGAUUACAGCGUGCGCACAAUCUGGCCUGAGGAGCUGUCGAAAAAGAUGACCGGGUCUAAAACCCAACAGAACCAGCAGAGCUGUGCAGGGAUGGGGAUGGGAGUGGGGAAGACAAGUGUGGGUCAGAACCAAAACAGCAGCAACGGAACCAGCCCUGUCACCCUGGACUGUAGGAACCUAUUGGAGUUCACCCGGAAUCAGAUAACAGACCACGCUGGCCGACGCCGGCUUCAGCAGGGCAAGAUGGCCGUCCUAGAUUUUAUUGGGUCUGGGCCUGGGCGAGAUCCAGACCAGGACUCCCUAAAGAGGCUCUGGAACAAAGGUGGGGAGUCAGGCAAGGUGGAUGGCAUGGGGCAGGAAGGCAAUAUUACAUACCCUCGCACCCCUUCCCCCCGCACCCCCUCUCCCCAAUCCCCUCCCUCCUUUUCACCCCCACCGUCAGCUCCCAACACUCUCCUCAAACCCAAAUCCAGACAGAGAGAUGCAGACGGACGCCAUUCCCUCCCCUCCGCCCAGUCCCUUCACCUGGUCCUCAACUCACUCAACAGAGAGCAGGACGAAGAGAGCGGCAGAGUGCACCUCACUCUGCCGCUCUCCUCCUCGCUACCGGCUUCCCUGUCAGAUGAGAAUGGGAUGACCCCUGAUGUGGAGAAUGCGGUGGUCAGCCCCAUCCUACCCUUCCUCUUCCUGGGCAACGAGAGGGAUGCCCAGGACCUGGACCUGCUGCUGCGACUCAACAUCGGCUACGUGGUCAACGUCACCACACACCUGCCCCUCUACCACCUCGGCUCCGGCCUGGUACGCUACAAACGGCUACCGGCUACCGACAACAGCAAGCAGAACCUACGACAGUACUUUGAGGAGGUGUUUGAGUUCAUCGAGGAGGCUCACCAGAGUGGGCGAGGAGUGUUGAUUCACUGUCAAGCGGGCGUGUCCCGUUCGGCAACCAUCGUCAUCGCCUACCUGAUGAAGCACACCCUUAUGACCAUGACUGAUGCUUACAAGUAUGUGCGUGGCCGUCGUCCUGUGGUGUCUCCCAACCUCAACUUCAUGGGUCAGCUACUGGAGUUUGAGAGAGACCUCAACUCCGGGGUCACUCCUCGCAUCCUGACCCCCAAACUCAGCGGCCUGGAGACCCAGGUCUGACAGCGGGAUACGAGGAAUGGAGGGGAGGAGGAAACCAGCAUUGGGCCAGCCAUAGUUUUGUGAAGGAGAAGCUAAAGGUAGAGCAACAAAGAGGGGAAUGCUGAUUGACAGAAUGUCCCUAUUGGCAUAGAUUAAGAAUAAAAUAUUGAAAUAGUGCACUUUCUAGAGAUUAUAGAAUAAAUCAUUUGAUUGGUUAACUCAUAAAUAGUCCCAUUUUUGGUCAACCUAAUCCUCAUCCAAUACCAUUUGUAAUUAUGUGGUUUUUAUAUAAUGCUUAGAUAUCAUUAUUUACCAUGAUCCACAGUAAUCAGAUGGCUCAUGUGAUGCUUGUGGCAUAGAGCAUUAGAGCAUUACAGAAGUUAAGGAAGUGCAAUGAGUCCUGGUCUGACUCAAGGCUGUCAUUUACAAAAUCCAUAAUGCAUGCAGAACCAGAAUAGAAACAACUACAGUGACACUCCAUCAUUCAGCUAUGACAGCAAUUACUAUCCAUAGCCCCAGAGAGGGUAUUCCAAUGUACUUUAUCAAUUUAUCAAUAUGUUUGGUUGUUUCAAUUGAAGUGGCCCAGUCCCAGAGGAUAGCUGAUCUUACCAUAUU